AUAUGGUACAAUUUAAUAAUUUAUACCUUUCUGUUAUACCUAUUUUUUUUUCUUUAUUUGCAUGCAGAUUUAAUUUUCUUCUAUAUGAAUGUGUUGUAUUAAAUUAAAAAAUUUACUUUACCUAAUAAUUUCUAGUUAGUUGAUUGUGAAAAAAUAAAAAGAGUAAAAUGCCUCCUAAGCCAAAGGCACAAGGAACUAGCAAGAAAGCUGACCAAAAGAAAAAGGAAAGAGUUAUUGAAGUAAGUUAAAGAAAUUGCAUUUAUUUAACUAAUUUUUAGUACAGAGACUACCCUAUGUUAAAAUAAUAACUGUAUACAAUUUUUAUGCAUAUUAUAGGAUAAAACGUUUGGUUUAAAGAAUAAAAAAGGAGCCAAACAACAAAGAUUCAUUCAACAAGUUGAAAAACAAGUUAAAUCUGGUGGUAUACCAGCACGCAAAGUAGAUGACAAGAAAAAAGAUGAUAAAACUAAAGAUGAUUUAGGAUUAAUAUUUAAACCUGUUCAAAAAGUUGAAAAAGGUAAAAAUCAAUAUUUUGUUUAUUUGAUCUGGAUCCUUGGAAAUACCUGUGAUAUGAUAUAUUUAUAACAUUCUGAAAUUAAUUAAUGUAAUAUGGUAAUCAGUAUUAAAUUUGAUUAUUUUAAAAUUAUUUACUUCUUAUAUUGUGUAAUUAAAUUAUAGGUGCUGAUCCAAAAUCCAUCCUAUGUGCAUUUUAUAAACAAGGUCAGUGCACAAAAGGUUCAAAAUGCAAAUUUUCACAUGAUUUAGCUACUGAAAAAAAAGCUGAGAAAAGAAGUAUGUAUGUGGAUAUGCGCGAUGGUGAUGAAAAUGAUACUAUGGAAAACUGGGACGAUGAAAAGCUCAAAGAAGUAGUAGAUAAAAAACAUGGUGAAAAUGAUAAAAAACACCCGACAACUGACAUUGUAAAUAUAUAUAUAUAUUUUUUUAAUGUAUUAUUAAAUAUAUUAAUCAUGUUUUAGAUUUGCAAAUUUUUCUUGGAAGCUGUUGAAAAAAGUAAAUACGGAUGGUUCUGGUCUUGUCCAAAUGGAACUUCUUGUAUUUAUAGACAUGCCUUACCAUCUGGAUUUGUUCUUAAAAAGGUUAGGUUUUACUUUUUAUUUAUAGAUACACCAUGUAAAAUAAAAUUUAAAACAUUCAAAAUUAGAAUAGCUUACAUUACUUUGUAUAUGCUUAAAUAUUGGCAUUAUUUGUAUUUUAAGGAUAAGAAAUCAGUUGACAAAAAAGAUGAAAUUCAAUUAGAAGAUUUAAUAGAAAGAGAACGAGCUGCAUUGAAUUCUGUAAAAUUUACAAGAGUAACCUUAGAGAGCUUUUUAGCUUGGAAAAAACGUAAAGUUAAGGAAAAGAAAGAAGCUAUUAUUAAAGAUGAAGAGAAAAAACGAACUGAUUAUAAAGCUGGGAGACAAAUUGGGGUUUGUAUUGUUUCCAAUUUUUUUUUCCGUUAUGAUUCUAAUUCAGUAUUUAUGUAAUUGUUUAGCUUUCCGGUCGUGAAAUGUUCUCCUUUAAUCCUGAGAUGGCUGUUGGCGAUUCAAUGGACGAUGGAGAAGAAGCCUUUGAUUCUUAUUUAAGAGAUGAAGAAGAAGAUAAUGAAAAUAUUAAAGUAAGUUGUUUUGAAUAACAUAUACUAAUCCUAGUCAUAAAAAUAAAUCACUCGAGUUGUAAUUGAAGAUCUUAGAAGUAAUUAGAAAAUAAUUUUUAAGUUUAUACACUUUAUUAAUUUGUAUAAAAUUGCUCAAUUUUUCAGAUGUUAAGUAAUAUUGAUAUAUAAACAUUUUUGUACAACUAUAAUAAAUAUUUAAUUUAAAUAUUAAUACAAUAUUUAAAUUUGUAUUAUUUAUUUUAAAUGUAUUGCAUGUUCUAUAGGUUAGAGAAAUUCAAUUAGAAGCAUUAGAAUUGGAAGCCAGUGAAGUAGAUGAUACUGGUACUCGGUUACCUCAAGAUCGAUUUAACGGUUCUGAUGUUGCUACUAUGCCAAUUAAUGAAAACCUCUUUUUAGAUGAAGAUCUAGAUGAUCUGGAUGAUGAAUUAGAAGAAUUGAAUUUAGAAGAUGAUUCAACAAAUUAAGAUAUUUUACAAAUAAAUACAGCUUUAACAAAUAAACAUUUUUAUUGAUAAUAAUUCAUAAAUAAUUGCUUCCUUUGUUUAUUAUUAAAUUAAAAUACAAAAGAAAAUGUAUCCAAGUCUAUAUUUUUAAAUUUUCUAUAGUUUCACAAAUUGUAUAUGCCGAUUCUAAACAACCAUUAAAAUUUGACUGUGUAAAACAAUCUCCACCAGCUAUAAUUGGAAUGGAUUCAUUUAGUAUAACACAACCUGGACUGUUGCUAUAAGAAUUAACUACUUGCGAGUAUAACCAUUUAUGCACAUUACAUAAUUCAGGUGAAGGCCAGUCUGGAAACAAUUCAUUUACUUUGUCAAAUAACAUUUGAUAUGCACUUUCUCUUGUUUCUGUUACAUGUGUUUCUCCAAAUUCUUUAGUUGUGUGGAAAAUAACACUGUCUGGUGCAUCGUAUUGACCUCGUUUUCGAUUAUCUAUAGAAACAUACCUGAAUGUUUUAUCGUCAAGGAAUUUUACAUCCCAUUCUUCUUUUAUUAUAGGUUUCUCAUAGAACAUAUUAAAUGUGAAGCGAGUGCUGUAAGUAACUUUUUCCAGUUCAUUGCGGACUAGUUGAGACAUUGGACACUCCAUUUGAAGAAUUUGAGGUGCUGGUACUGUUAUUAUAAUUAAAUCAAAAAAUUCUUCACUUCCACAUAUACUUAUCACUUUACCUGAUGAAGUAAUUGCACUAACUCUUCUUUCAAAUUCAAUACAAUCUACAUUAGCGUUAUUCAAAAAAUAUUUAACUAGAGAGUUGGUACCAUUAGGUGCUAUAAAGUGAUUGUUUUGAUUAUUUGAUUUGGACAACCCUUCAAUUUUACAAUCCAUAGGAGUCAAUGUUUUGGUAGAAAUUAAUUGUUCAUAUAUCACCGAGUAUUUUGAUAAUGCAGAUGAAUCGGUGGUUAUGAAUUGAACACCAAGAUCAACAGAUAUACCUUUAGGGCCACGGCGGACUGAAGCACGACCACCUGGACCUCUGGCUUUCUCCCACACAGUUAAAUGAAUAUUUGGAAUACGAGCACGUAACAAGUAUGCAGUAGCUGUAGAAGUUAAUCCACAACCAAUUAAAAGUACUUUCAUUGUAUAUAAUAAUGUAAUUAUUUAAAUUACAGAGAAGAUAAUUAAAUAAUAUAAAUAUUAAAUUAACAAGAAGUUAUUUAAUAUAGCUAUAUAGGUAAUGCAAAUACAAAUUCAAUAAAUAAUAUGAUAAGAAACAAGGUUACAAAUGUUACAAUCUAGAGUAAGUUAUGAAUGAACUACUUGUACAUGUAAUUUAACCUAUUGAUCUGCGGUAAUACUUUUAACAUAUUUUUACAUAACUUUUUAUGAAAUUUUAAUAAUUUUUUUUAGUCUUAAAUGUUUCAGAUGAGACCAGUUGUCCGAAAAUGAUAAGGGCCGAACAUGAAAAGUAGAGUGCGUUCGUUUAUCAGCUUAUCAGCGCCACCGCACAGUCACAGUAACUUGCAAGGUCUACGUGAUUCUGGACAAAUAUGGUCUUACUUGCGCCGCUUAUCAUAAUAUAAAAUUCAUUAUUAACAUAAUUUGUGUUUAUCAACUUAUAGACAUCGAUGAUGAUUAUUUAAAAUUGUCAAAAUUUGUAUUUCUUCUCUUCCAAUUAUAAUUUUAAUUAUUAUUCAUGCCAGUUUGGGUUUAUGAGGGGUGUUUCGUUGGAAGUUAGAGAAAACAUAAAGUCAGGGAUCCGACUAUCUAUCUGCAUAUAUUUUCAAAAGACCCUGAACAUAGACAAAUAUGGGUUAAACAAAUUGUAAUACACAGUU